AUGACUUCAUCGCCAUACGUAGUCACAGUCGGAAUAGAUUUCGGUACCUUCUCAAGUACAUUUGCUUAUUGUAAUAACUGCGAUGUUAACGCGGAAAUAGUAACAAAUGAUUCAUGGCCUGAACAACGAGGCGUUUUUAAAACUGAUACAGUGUUGCGAUAUGACGAUUCAUUGAAUGUAAUUACUUGGGGUAUCGUUCCCAAACCUGAAAAAAAGAGAAAGAAUAACCCCAUUAGAAGCGCCAGUGUCAUGGGAAAUAUGCGUACAAGCAAUACAUGGACUCCCGACACUGCACAUAUUUCUAGAGCGAGUAGCAUGCUUAAUGAAAAUAGAUCAAUAGUACUCGCAAGUCUGUUUAAACUUCACCUAGCAAAUGUGUUAGAAGAAGAUAAACCCCCGCUACCUCCAAGACUAGAUUACAGAAAAUGUGUGACUGACUAUUUCUCAGGUAGAAAUGGCAAAGGAGUUAACUUUUACCGAGAUGUUAAAAUUAUUAUUACAGUCCCAUUAAAUUUUUCAGAAGGUGCAAAAGAUAUUGUUCGUUUUUGUGUUUCGCAAGCUCAACUUGUGGAAUCAGCAACUUCAGCAAGUCUAGAAUUUAUAUUAGAACCUACGGCUGCUGCAAUUUAUUGUAGAAAUAGUCUAAGGCAACCGAGAUUAAAUCCACAUACCAACUUUAUGCUCGUAGACAUUGGGGGUGGUACAGUAUUAACUGCAAUAUAUAAACUUUCCGGCGAUGGAAAAACAUGCGAACUAGUUGAAUAUUGUAGUAGCUUGUGUGGUAGUACUUACAUUGAUAAGGAAUUCAUUCGAUAUCUUUGUGAAAAUUUUGAAUUAUAUAAUGCAUUACAGCAACUACAAAUUCAUAAUUACGAUCAAUUACAAUAUCUUGCUCAGGAAUUCUGUAAAAAAGCAAAAUUGCCUUUUACCAGGGAUCCAGCGACUUUCAAGCCUGUAAGUAUAGAUUUGGAAGAUUCUUGCCCAGCGAUUGUGAAGUAUGUAACUGGAGAUAUCAGAGAGCGAAUGAUAGAUGCUGAAUGGAUGAUUGAAUUGGGUUAUGACGAUGUUAAAGCGAUGUUUGAUCCAGUUGUCCAAAAAAUUAUAUCUCACAUAGGAAAUCAUUUGUCAACAUCAAAAAAUAAAUGCGAAGCCAUGUUUCUUGUUGGAGGAGGCAGCGAAAACCAAUAUAUACAGGACCAGAUGAAAUUAGCCUUUAAAAAUUUUUUAAUGAUUGAAAGUCCUAAGCAACCAAUCACUGCUACAGUGCGGGGAGCUGUGCAAUAUGAGUUAGAAAAGAAUAGGAAUAUAUCAAAUGCAUCACACGGAUCUGCACGGUACGGGUUAAAUAUGCAAAAUAAUAUACUAGGUGUGCCUCGUGGGCCUGUACAAUACCAGAAUCAAAAUAUGUCACCAGUACAGAAUCCAAACAUGUCACCAAUACAGAAUCCAAACAUGUCACCAGUACAGAAUCCAAACAUGUCACUACAGAAUCCAAACAUGUCACCAGUACAGAAUCCGAACAUGUCACCAGUACAGAAUCCGAACAUGUCACCAGUACAGUAUAACCUUGUGAAAGGUGUGCAGGGUACGGGUAUGCCAAAUGAUGGUCUAAUGCAUGGAUUGGAGAAUAAGAUGCAGAAUUUUAACAUAUCAGAAGAAGGAAACCCUAUUACUGAUCCAUUCAUACCAGGUACAAGAGCGCUAAGGUAUACAUAUGGUGUUCAAGUCGUAAUGAAAUGGAAGAAGGGAGAUCCAAUUCAACGUAAAACUUCAAACGGCUAUAUGGAUGUUUUUUAUCCACUGAUAAAAGUCAAUACUGUAGUCAAGAUCGGUCAAACGGUUGGAUACGUUGCAAGACCGUCUGACCCAAAUCAAAGGGAUAUGACAUUUAAAAUUUUUGUCUCUCCGGAAAUAAAUCCGAGAUUUUGUGAUGAACCUGGGAUGAAACAUUACGGAACUCUUAAAGUUGAUCUUUCAGACACACAAUCUGGAAAGAAACGACUCGUGGAAUUUUCGUUAGUUUUUGGCACAACGGAUGUGAAAGCUUUAGCAAAGAAUAAAAAAACUGGGAUGGUCUAUCAAGCUACCCUUAGUUCAUGA